AUGGUUGGAAUCCGCGCUGCCCGCUUCAGAGCUUGCUGGCUGUGCCCGCUCUUCCAGCUCUGGUCUCACCUGCCUGGCCUCCCUCUCGCUGCAGGUUUUUCCCACUCGGCCUUCACGUUCGGGAUCGAGAGCCACAUCAGCCAGUCCAACAUCAACGGGACGCUGGUGCCGCCCGCCGCCCUCAUCUCCAUCCUGCAGAAGGGGCUGCAGUAUGUGGAGGCUGAGAUCAGCAUCAACGAGGAUGGCACGGUGUUUGACGGCCGCCCCAUAGAGUCCCUGUCCCUGAUAGACGCUGUGAUGCCCGACGUGGUGCAGACGAGGCAGCAGGCAUUCCGAGAGAAGCUCGCGCAGCAGCAGGCCAGUGCGGCGGCCAGUGCGGCGGCCGCAGCAGCAGCAGCAGCAGCAGCCACGGCAGCCCCAGCAGCAGUUUCCCAGCAAAAUCCACCAAAGAACGGAGACGCCACGGUCAACGGGGAGGAGAACGGAGCACACGCAAUAAAUAAUCACUCGAAACCCAUGGAAAUUGACGGGGAUGUUGAGAUUCCACCCAACAAAGCCACAGUCCUUCGGGGCCAUGAGUCCGAGGUGUUCAUUUGUGCCUGGAACCCUGUCAGCGAUCUGCUGGCUUCUGGGUCUGGAGACUCGACGGCCAGGAUAUGGAACCUUAAUGAACACAGCAACGGGGACUCCACCCAGCUCGUGUUGAGGCACUGUAUACGGGAAGGGGGACACGAUGUCCCCAGUAACAAAGAUGUCACUUCACUGGACUGGAAUAGCGAUGGGACACUUCUGGCCACAGGUUCAUACGAUGGUUUUGCAAGGAUAUGGACGGAAGACGGUAACCUGGCCAGCACCUUAGGCCAACAUAAAGGCCCCAUCUUUGCCUUGAAAUGGAACAAAAAGGGGAAUUAUAUUUUGAGUGCUGGUGUAGACAAAGUGAGUAUUAACUUAAAACACAUACUUUCGAUCUAUACAUGCUUAUUUGCAGUCUCCAGAUAAGACGGUGUUUUCUUUGAAUUCUUAGGCUUUCUCCUUCCCCUUAAGAAAUCAAAAGGACCUGUAUAGGUUUUUUUUUGUAAUUGUGAUCUUAGUGUUAAUUUAUAGCACGUCAUCUCUGUCAGUAUAUUCCACUGUCCUGCAGAUCUCUGUGCAAAGCGUCCCUUCUUUUGAGGUUCAUAGUUCAGUGAUAAAGAGAGGAAAAUCUCCAGACCGUGUUUAUAAGUGGCUGGACAGAGCAGGUGCUGUGCGGUGUGCUCUGUGUAAACUUUCACCCCCAGAGUGACGUUAGUGACACAGACUGUUCUCUUAGCAGACUUCUGCUCUCCUAAUUUGAUAAGCUCCUGCUUCCCACUGUAGACUGCACAUUUCCUGAGCAGGAGUAAAACAGUCCCAGGGACAGGGCACUGUCCCCUGACAGGCCACGGAGCCAAAGUGGGACUCCCUUGCUCUGCAGUUGGGCAGGGCUGCCAGAGCGACGUGAUGGCAUUAGAGCCAGGUGCCUCUCGAAGCCAUCAUGGGGUGGAAGAUCCCAGGACAAAGAGGAAGAGACAUAGAACCAUUCCCCCACAGAAACUACACUGGUUUCACGAUAGUUUGAAAACUUGACUCUGUUACUGCUUUCUGUUCAUUCAAGUUGUAAAAUUUAAUAUAAAAUAAUAAACAAACUCUAAACAUCAUCACAGUCUUGGAGAAGUCGUGGGUGCACUUGGCAAGGUACAGCCCACACAGGCCAUAACUGGCCCAUCACCUGUUCUUUUAAAUAAAGUUUUAUUGAUACACAGCCACUCCCCUUUGUUGAGAAUUGUCAGUGGCUGCUUUCACGCCUUAGUGGCCGAGUUGAGCAGGUACAACAGAAGACCAUUGGCCCUCAAAGCUUAAGGUAUUUACCAGGUGGCCCUUGACAGAAAAAGAGUGCCAGCGCCUGUACGUGGAUAGAACUGUGUAGGCCAAUGAAUCAUUUGUUCCUUUUCUCUAUAUUUAAGCCAAGAAACUCUUCAUUCAGAAUUGGGAGCGUAAUUUAUUAUAAUAUAAGAAAAGAUAAGCUGCUGUGGUUGACACACUGAAUGUGUUGUGUAACUACCAUCAAAUUUUUCCCAAGAUGUUCUAGUUCAAGUAAUACGCAUACACAGCACUGUCAUGCCUUCAGUAGGCCAUCGGUAACUGCCACUGGCAUUAUGAAAAUAAUUCACGAAAAUGAUCGCUAACAUUUACAGCAAGCACUUUACUACUGUGUGUGUUAACCCAUCCGAUACUCUCAAGAUCGAGGCAGGCGUUAGUAUGACCAAUCCCAUUUUACAGAGGAACAACUGGAGCCCCAGAGAGGUUUAUUAAUUUGCCUAGUGACACACAGCGGGUGCCACGUGGAGGAGGACCAGGCCCCGGCUCACCAGUACCUCUGCCCUCGACUUGCAGGGGGAUUC